AUGGAGAAAAAUAGGUGUAAGCUCUGCUUAAGGAGCUUUGCCAAUGGCAGAGCUUUGGGUGGGCAUAUGAGAUCUCACAUGUUUAAUCUCUAUGUUCCUUCAAAACCAGAGCAAGAACAACCCAGUAACCAACUCGGUGAAGAGACUGAGUCAGAUUCAUCAGCUUCUUCUUCCUCAGAAGAAGAAGAAGAAGAAAAAGCCUUGUUGAAUUAUGGGUUGAGAGAGAAUCCCAAGAGGAGUGUCCGUUUGGUAGAUCCUGAGUUCUCUUUCACAGCUGGUUCUGUUGUUCUUCAGGACAGAGAAAGUGAGACUGAGUCAUCAAAGAACCCAACUCGGAGACGAUCAAAGCGGAUUCGAACAGGGAUUUCAGAGCAAAAUCAAUACUUAAAAGAGCCAGAAAUCAAAAAACCCAAGCUGGGUAAACUCAGCAAGUCCGAGGCAUCAGGGGUUGAGCCUGAACCAGUAAGUUCGAUCUCAGACACCACUCCAGAAGAAGAUGUUGCUUAUUGUUUGAUGUUGUUGUCAAGAGAUAGAUGGAGGAGAGGGAAAGAUGAUCAAGAACAGGAACAUGAACAACUUGAAGAAGAUCAAGAGGAGGCAAAGAACUCCAUUGAUGAUCGUUCUGAGGAUUCUGAUUUUCAUAAAGCAAGAAGGUCUCGGGCUCGAGGCAAGUACAAGUGUGAAACUUGUAACAAAGUGUUUAGAUCAUACCAAGCACUUGGUGGUCACAGAGCAAGUCACAAAAAGAUCAAAGCAAUUAAUAUUAAUAGUUCUUCAGCACAAGAACAAAGUCCAGAGGAGAGAGAAAAUGUAGGUAAUUCUACAAUGGUGGUGGAGAAAAUCCAUGAAUGUCCUGUUUGUUACAGAGUGUUCUCAUCUGGUCAAGCACUUGGUGGGCACAAGAGAUCACAUGUUCUUGGUUCAGGGGCAACUACUACCAUUACUGUUGCUUCAAAAUCAUUCUCUAAAUUUGGUGAAACUUUGAUAGAUCUUAAUCUUCCUGCUCCAAUUGAUGAUGAUGAUAUCAGCCAAAUCGAGCUUUCCGCAGUUUCUGAUGCUGAAUUUAUCAACCCAAUUAAACACUGAACCCUGAAAGUUGAAUUUUUUGCAACCAACGAUGAAUUCAGAGGUAAAUUUUUGUUGUUCUUCAUAUUUAUGGAUCUAGAGGCCAUAUCAUUAUGUUUUUUGGACAAUUGGGUCAAUG